GAGGAAGAAGAAAAAGCAGUUCCUAAUCUGCUCGGUCGCGGAAUUAGACGUUACACCGGAAAUAGUACGCUAAAUUGUUCAACCAUGAAGAUGACAGGGGAGAAUAGUUCUGGAAACUCAGAAACGACAAUGGACGAUGUUAAAAACCUCAUUAAAAAAAAAGAUGAAAUUGAGGAGCAGAUAAAAGCCUAUUACGACGUCUUAGAAGACCAAGGUGUCGGAGUCGAAGGUCCCUUGGUUGACGCAGAGGGCUUUCCCCGAGCAGAUGUUAAUUUAUACCAGAUCAGGACAGCAAGACACAAUAUUUCAUGCCUACAGAACGAUCACAAGGCCAUCAUGGUGGAGAUAGAAGAAGCCCUGCACAAGCUGCAUGCUCGAGAGAAAGCCAAGCGGGAACAGGAUGAGGCAGAGGCCCAAGUGGAGGCAAUGGAGCAGCAGGUCACCCUGCCUCCUCCAUUUGCACAGGUGGAUGCUGUGACACAAGGCUCACCCGCCUGUGGAGCUGGGCUCAGAGUUGGUGACGAAGUCAUUGAGUUUGGUUCUGUGAACACGAGGAACUUUCAGAACCUCCAGAAUAUUGCUGCUGUGGUACAACACAGUGAAGGGAAACCAUUACGUGUCACAGUCGUCCGGGAUGGCCAGAAAGUUCAGAUGAGCCUGACCCCACAGCGAUGGUCAGGCAGAGGUCUGCUGGGAUGCAACAUUGUUCCAGUCCAGCGGUGAUCAUGACACCGUGCAGAGUUUCAAUAGUGACACCCUUUCCUCCACUUAUUUUACCCCAUGAUGAUUUCAAACUGAAUUUGUACAUACUGCAGAAAUUCCCAUGUUUAAUUUUUCAUUACCUUAAUCAGAACUAUUUCCCUUAUACAAGGACAGCCUUCAGAAUGGGAUACAUCAAAAUAAAGUAUCAAAUUGCUUCUGUUUGAGAGUCGGUUUACUGAAUGAUAGCUGAAUAAACAUUUGUUACCUUAUACUACUCUGA